AUGCACGUCAAGCACUAUCUCUCUGCCGUCCUCUAUGGACUGCCAGUUUUGGCUCAGAGUACACAGUCGAGCUCCUCUUCUUCGUCCAGCACUUCAGCUACAGAUCCCUUCAAGGUCUAUACCAUCAGGGCGGGAAACAUCACUGCCAAGUUUAUUCCGUAUGGAGCACGGUUGAUAUCUUUGAUGGUCCCGGAUCGCGAUGGCAAGGAGCAGGAUGUCGUCAUUGGCUACGAUGACCCCAAGGCCUACCUGAAUGAUACAGAGACAGUUCACACCUACUUCGGUGCUGUUGUUGGUCGGUACGCCAAUCGCAUCAAGAACGGCACGUUCACCAUCGGCACGAACGAGUACCAUGUGCCGGAGAAUGAGCACAACGGCAUUGACACUCUCCACGGAGGCAACGUGGGCUACGACCAACGGAACUGGACUGUCACAGCACACUCCAAGUCUUCCGUCACCUUCACUCUUCUCGACCAAGGUUGGCAGAAGUUCCCCGGAGACGUCAUCACCCACGCCGUCUACAGCGUCGACACGACCGUCACCCCAGAGAACCCAAAGGGUCUCCCCCAGCUGACCACCAAACUGGUCUCACUUGCCCUGACGGAGGCGACACCCAUCAUGCUCUCCAACCACAUCUACUGGAACCUCAAUGCCUUCAAGGCCCCUAAUGUCCUGAAUGACACCUUCCUGCAACUUCCUUACUCCAACCGCAUCAUCGCCACAGAUGGCAUCCUCAUCCCCAACGGCACCAUCCUCGGUGUCGAUGCGUACAACGGCGCCCCCGAUUUCACCACGGGCAAGCUCAUCGGCGCUGAUCUCAAGGAUACCUACGGUAUGUGCGGCACAGACUGCACCGGCUACGAUACCUGCUGGCUCGUCGACCGACCCCCUCAAUACGCCGCUCCGGACUCGCUCGUCCCCAUCGUCCGCAUGAAUUCCAGCGCAACCGGUAUCAGCCUCCAAGUAUCGUCCAACAUGCCCGCUCUGCAAAUCUACACCUGCGACAACACCGUGAUGGACUACGUUGCCAUCAAGCCGACGCAGGAGAAGCGUAAUAAGGAAGAGGGCAAGGAAGGUGCACAGAACGUCAUGCAGUAUGGCUGCGUGGUUAUCGAGCCUGAGGGCUGGAUUGAUGGCAUCAACCACCCGGAAUGGGGACAGUUGUCGGAGCAGAUCUUCUCUCCCGCCGAUGGUCCAGCCGUCAACUGGGCUACUUAUCAAUUCGGCACUGUCUAG